ACGGUCGGCUGCCCGAAUUCAAAAUCCGAACUUUUCCCCUUUAAAUCCGGCCCCGACGCUCCAUUCCUCCGGUUUCCCAAUCGCACCUCCGCGCAGUCGCUCCAGCAAAGAUUUCAGAGACCGAGGCGGACGAGGAGAGGUAGGUAGGUAAAGGUAGGAGACGGACCCGACCCGGCCGCCGGCGAGCAUGGACUUCCUCGCGCUCCCCCGCCGCGACCUCCAGGCGCUGGCCAAGCGCAACGGCGUCCGCGCCAACCUGAGCAACGCCGCCAUCGCCGACGCCCUCGCCGCGCUCCCCGCGGUCGACGGGAUCGAGGAGUACGUCGAGCAGCCGGUCGUUGUCGAAGUGGCCAAGCCGGCGGUUCAGGCGGUCGUGGAGGAGGUGAAGAAGAAGAAGACGAAGAAGCAGGAGGCGGAGGAGAAGAAGAAACAGGAAGCGGAGGAGAAGAAGAGGAAGCAGGAGGAGGAAGAGGAGAAAAGGAGGCAGGAGGAGGAAGAGGAGAAAAGGAGGCAGGAGGAGGAAGAAGAGAAAAGGAAGCAGGAGGAGGAGGAAAAGGAGAGGAAGAGGAAGAAGCAAGAGGAGAUCUCGCUGGAGGUCAUCUUACUGGUGGACAGCGAGGAAGAGGAGGAAGAGAAAGCCCCAGCCGCCGGGCGCGGUCGCGGUCGCGGAAGAGGACGCGGACGCGGACGCGCUGCCGGCGGGCGCGCACGGAUCGAGCCUGUGGCUGCUCCGGCCACGAGGAGAAGGGCUGCGGCGAGCAAUACCGCGACGGAGGAUGCACCUGCGGAGCCUGUGGCGGCACCAGCUACGAGGAAAAGGGCUGCGGCAAGCAAGGCCGAGACGGAGGAUAUCGCUGCGGAGGCCGUGACGGCCCGUGCCACUCGUGCUCGGAGCCAGACGACGGCGGCGCCGGUCGCCGAGGAAGAGGCACCCAAGACAAGACGGGCGUCGAGGCGGGCCGCGGCGACGAAGACUGGUGCGGACCAGGAAGAAGAAGGAAAGGGGACACAAGCUGUCGCCUCUGAUAUGGAAACUGCGGAAAUGGAAGAAGAUGCCACGAAUACUCAGAACGAGGAGCACAACGAGGUUGAGGAACAGAGCCAUGACGGCCAAGGGGUAGUGGUCGCGGAUACACCAGCACAGGUGCAAGAAGAGCCACCACUGGAGGAGGAGGAGGACGGUAGGCAAGAAUCGCCUGCCGUUGGCGUGGGGCGGCGAGGUGCCAGACGACGCGCACGGCCCGAGCCUGUGGCGUCUCCGGCUACGAGGAAAAAGGCUGCAACAAGGAAGACCGUGACAUGGGUUGACGCUCCGGCUGCAGAGGCCGUGCCGGCUCGGGCCACUCGCGCUCGGAGCCAGAGCACGGUGGCUGAGGAGGCACCCAAGGGAAGACGGACGUCGAGGAAGACUGCUGCGCAGCAGGAAGAGGAAGGAGAAGGCCAGCAAGCCGUUGUCUCUGAUGCGGAAGCUGCUGCGCCUGCGCCUGUUUCCUCGGACGAAGCAGCUGGUGAUGCUGCAGAGAUGGAGGAAGAAGCCACGAAUCCGCAGAACCAGGUUGAGGAAGAAGAACCACCGGUGGAGGAGGAGAAAUCGCCUGCCGUUCGCGUGGGACGGCGCGGUGCCCGCGGGCGCGCACGGGUUGAGCCUGUGGCGGCUCCGGCUACGAGGAAAAGGGCCGGAACAAGCAAGACCGAGACAGAGGAGGCGCCCGUGGAGGCCGCGCCGGCUCGGACCACUCGUCGCGCUCGCAGCCAGACCACAGUCGUUCCGGUGGCCGAGGAAGCGGUGCCCAAGACAAGACGGGCGUCGAGGAGGGCUCCGGCGAGGUGGACUGGUGGGCAGCAAGACGAGGAAGAAGAGCAAUGCCAGCAAGCAGCUGUUGUCGAAACUGUUGCGCCUGCGCCGGUUUCCUCUGACGAGGGAGCUGAUGGCGCUGCAGCAAUGGAAGCAGCCAUGGAUCCUCAGACUGAGGAGCAAAAGGACCUAGUUGAGGAGCAGAACAAGGAAGAGGACCGUGAGACAGGUGAAAUAGCUGCACCUACUGAAGAAAUGGAAAAGGAGGCCAUGGAUAUUCAGAACGAAGUGCAAAACAAGCUGGUUGAGGACCAGUGUCAGGAAGAUGCAGCAGGUGGUGUGCCUGAUAUGGAAACUGCACCGGCUUCCUCUGACGACGAAGAUGAUGAUACUGAAGAAAUAGAAGAGGCACGUGAGACAGGUGAUGUUUCUGAUAUGGAAACUGCUGCACCUGCACCGGUUUCUUCAGAUGAGGGACGUGACGCUACUGCAGUAAUGGAAGAAGAGGCCGUGCAUCUUCAGAACGGUGAGCAAACGGAGCUGCUGGUUGAGGAGCCGAGCCAGGAAGAUGCAGGUGAUGUGCCUGCUAUGGAAACUGCACAGGUUUCCUCUGACGACGAAAAUGAUGAUACUGAAGAAAUAGAAGAGGAGCAGGGUCAGGAAGACGAAGGUCGUGUGGAAACUGCUGUGCCGGUUUCUUCAGACGAGGCAAGUGGUGGUACCGAAGAAAUGGAAGAAGAGGACCAGCAAGCUGUUGUUUCUGAUGCGGAAACUGUUGCGCUUUCCUCCGACGAAGGAGCUGGUGAUGCUGCAGAGCUGGAAGCAACCAUGGAUGCUCAGAACGAGCUAGUUGAGGAGCAGGGCCAGGAAGACGAAGGUGAUGUCCUUGACAUGGAAACUGCUGUGCCUGCACUGGCAACCUCAGACGAGGGAAGUGACGAUGACGCUGAAGAAAUGGAAGCAGCCAUGGAUGCUCAGGCCGAUGAGCAAACGGAGCUAGUUCAGGAACAGGAUCAGGAAGAAGGAUUAGCAACGGAUGUACAUGCCAGUCCCGAGCUAGUCGAAGAAGAGGCAGCACCAGUGGCAGAAGAUUGCACGGUUGUUUCAUCAGUGGAUGAGCAGCAGAACGAUGUCCAGCAGUGUGAGCAGUCUCCAGUCGCCCUGAAUGUUGUUGAUCAGGAAGGCCAUUUCCCGGCUGAAACUGUCUCCAGCGAGGGGCCACUGGACGUGGAGAUUCAUCAUGCCGGUGAGGCCGCUGAGGAAGCCGAGGAUCAUCUGUCCACUGAAGAGACUGAAAUGGUGCCCAUGGAAGCGCCGGAAUCCGGUGAGGCCACUGAGGAAGAUGAGGAUAAUCAGUCCACUGAAGAGACUGAAAUGAUGAUGCCCGUGGAAGAGACCGCUGAGGAAGUUGAGGAGAUUCAGCUGUCCAGUGAAGAGACUGAAAUGGUGCCCGUUGAGGAAGCUGAGGAGGUUCAUCAUUCCAGUGAAGAGACAGAAAUGGUGCCCGUUGAAGAAGCUGAGAAGAUUCAUCAGUCCAGUGAAGAGACAGAAAUGGUGCCCGUCGCCGAGUCGGCGGCUCAGGCCACACCGGUGCCGCAGGAGGCUGAUGUGGAGGUUGGUUUCACCUGCCAUGCAGACACUGCCAUUGAGAAGGAGAGUGAAGUGCUUCAGAGUGCAGCCAAAGCCAAUGAGGAGAAGGAAGACCUGGUUGAAGAGGAGGAGAGUGAAGUGCUGUUUGGUGCUCUUUUCCAGAGCGCAGCCAAAACCAGUGAGAACAAGGAUGAGCUGGCUGUUGAAGAGUUGUUGCAGCAUGACAUGGAUGAGGCUGCUGCAGAGGAUGACAAUGAAGUUUCAGUCCUUGGUGCUCUGUUCCAGAGCGCAGCCAAAGCCAAUCAGGACAAGGGAGAUGUGGCUGUUGAAGAGGACAAUGAUGUGUCAAUAUCCUUGGUGCUCUGUUCCAGAGCGCAGCCAAAACAAAUGAGAACAAGGAACAACAACUGGUUGUUGAUGAGGUGCAGUAUAACAUGGAUGAGUGUGAGCUGGCUGUUGAAGAGUUGUUGCAGCAUGACAUGGAUGAGGCUGCUGCAGUGGAAGAGGAUGACAAUGAAGUUUCAGUCCUUGGUGCUCUGUUCCAGAGCGCAGCCAAAGCCAAUCAGAACAAGGGAGAUGUGGCUGUUGAAGAGGACAAUGAUGUGUCAAUCCUUGGUGCUCUGUUCCAGAGCGCAGCCAAAACAAAUGAGAACAAGGAACAACAACUGGUUGUUGAUGAGGUGCAGUAUAACAUGGAUGAGUGUGUUGCAGAGCAGGAGAAUGAGGAAGAUAUGGCUGUCUUUGGCACUCUGUUUCAGAGCGCGGCCAAGUCUAGUGAGAACAAGAAAGAUCUGGUUGUUGAGGAGAAUGAGGUGCCAUUCUUAGGUGCUCUGUUUCAGAGCGCAGCCAAGUGCCACGAGAACAAGGAAGACCUUCAUCUGGUUGCUGGUGAGGCGCAGCAUGACAUGGAUGAGGCUGUUGAAGAGGAGGACAAUGAAGUAGAAGCAACCUUUGGUGCUCUCCUUGAGAGCGCAGCCAAAGCCAAUGAGAAGGAAGGUAUGGAUGUUGAAGAGGAGGAGAAGGAUGAAGACCGAAUCACCUUGGCUGCUUGGCUGCUGCUCCACAGAGCAGCCAAGGCCCAUGAAAUCAAGGAAGAAGAUCUGAUUGUUGAUGACACAGAAGAGCCUGUUGAAGAGGAGCCAAAGAAGGAGAGUGUUGAGGCCACUGUGACAGAGGAGAGUGGCAUCACCAGUGA